AUGGACAGUGACGUUCCAACUAUGGGAUUCUUGUAUGGUUAUCUCAUAGAAGCUAAGAAUGAGAUCUCUAAGAGGUUCAACAAUGAUAGGACCAAGUUUGAAGACGUUUUUCAAUUCAUUGACAAUAGGUGGAACAGUAAGCUGAAGACACCUUUACAUAGGGCUGGUUACUACCUCAACCCAUUCUAUUACUAUCAAAACAAGUUGGCUGUUGAGGAGGAUGCAACUUUUAGAGAUGCUGUAGUCAAUUGCAUUACCAAGCUUGUUCCAAAUGAAGAGACUCAAGACAAGAUCAUUGAAGAGCUGGAGAAGUUUCAGAAUGGUGAAGACUCCUUUGGCAAAGAUAUGGCUCAAAGGCAGUGGAAAAACAUCAAUUUUGAUCCAGGUAUGAAAAAAUGA